UUGAUUUGAUUUGAUUUUGGCACUGGGUCUUCAGCCUCUCUUUGGGUACAGUACAAACAAAACUGGCGAUGGCAAUGGCUUCUUUAAACCUGCAGAUGGACCUUAAAUGUAGCAGCAGAGGAUGAGUUUGCCAAUUCAGGAAAUAAAACAAGAGCCAGCAGAUGCCUGUGAAUGCCUAGAAUGCGGCGAAGUGUUUGUACAAAAAGAGGAUUGGGAACAUCACCAGGGAGAGCAUGCUGAAACUUCAAAGGAUAUUACAACUUAUCUAGAUGAGGAUAUUAAAAUAGAAUUAUCAUUCUAUGAAUGCGUCAUAUGCAAGGAAACAUUUGAGCAAUUUGAAGAAUUUGAAGAACAUCAUCAACAUCACCUAGAAGAUGAUUCUACAGAUCCAGAGAGUGAGGAUUCUUUAUCUGAGACAAGAAAGAAACGAAAAAAUAAGAAUCAACACAACAGACAUAAAAUCCGUUUUCGUUGUGACCGCUGUGAAAAGUCAUUUGCUCAAAAAUGCCACUUGAAUAGGCAUAAGCAGAGCCACUCUGGGGACAAGCAAUACAAUUGCAACAAAUGUGACAGAAGUUUUGCUCGGAAAUAUGUUUUGAGUAGGCAUUUAUUAACACAUAAUGAAGAAAAGCAAUUUGUUUGUGAAAUAUGCAGCAAGGGUUUUAAGCAGAGUUGUCAUUUGCAGAGGCACAUCAAAGUUCAUUUGGGAGAGAAGCAUUUUGUCUGUAAGACAUGUGAUAAAAGUUUUGCCCAACAAACGACCCUAAACCGUCACCAAAGCACCCAUACCAAGGAAAAGCCUUUCACUUGUGAGGAAUGUGAUCAGGUUUUUAGCCGCCUUGGUAGCUUAGCAAGACAUAAGAUCAUCCACACAGGGCAAAAACCUUUUGAAUGUAAGUUCUGUCAUAAACGAUUUAAUAGAUCAUGCUACUUGCUUAAACAUGAACGCAAUCAUACCAAAGCAUAGAUCAAUAAUCAGGAAAAAGGUAGGUUUGUGCAAUUUUGUUGUGAAAGUUUAUUUCGCAUUAAUUAAGCUGCCAUUACAGCUAUUAAUUAAGUAUAAUAUAAAAAACAGUUAAAUGCUUAUGAUUUUAGUAUAAGGCUGUGGCCUCUCGUGCAAAUCUUUUUUUCCAAGAAGACUGUCAAGAAAUAAACUCUUUAAUAUUUACUUACAUUUGUGUUUUUUUUUCUACAAGUAAACUUUAACAAUUAGUAUUUGAUGAAAACAAUAGUCGUUUUUAGUAAAUUCACUUUAAUUCUUUCCAUUUGUUUCUGCCUGAUCAAAUUGCUUUCAAAGAUAGAAACUUAGCUGCAUGCAUUUUAAGAAAAACCUUCAUUUUUAACGCAUAUAUUUGUAGACGAAAUAUAUAUUAGUUUUCAACUCAUGCUUUUUAAAUUAGUUUUUGGGUAAAAACUUCCACAGUGGCUGAUCAUUUCUGUAUGUCAUAUUACAUUAAAUAAAAUGAUACUUAUUUUUUUUGUAAUAUACCAUUUAAUAAGAGUUUGGGUAGUAAUUGAGUAAAUGGUAGUAUUUUCUGUUUUUUUGUUUUUAUAUUUGCCAUUUUGUAUAAUUUUGUGAAGUAA